CGACAUCGCGCAAUCUGACUGUCAAGAAUCAUUUCAAACAGGUAUGAUAUGUAUUGAACAAUGGCUAUAAUUAUUGUAAAAUCGUGUGAUUUUAAUUUUAAUUUGAUCAUUAUUAUAUUUGUAUGAUUUAAUUAUAUUAUCUCGGUGUCAAAAAUUAAUAUGCUCGAAAUCAUUUCAGUAUAAUGAAGUUAUCAUAUAGCUCAAUUACUCUGACCCCGACUUUGAUAUUUUUACUCGGUUAUUAUUUCAUGAAUUAGUAAAUAAUUUGUUGUAAUUUGUUACAUUUUAAUCACUUGAAAAUGUAUUUUUAUUUUAUGGUGUUGGAGUAAGCUUCUCCCAGCACCUGCAAAGAUCAAAAAUAAACUUAUAACAGAUACAAGAUAAUAGAGCAGAAUUUGUUAUAAUUUGUAGCUCGAAAUCCAGAAUUCGUUUAUAAAACUAUAAAAUAUAACGUGUAAUGGUUUUCAAUAGUUAUAGUAAUUAUGAAGCAGGAAUUUAUAUUACGCCGACAAUGUAUACUUGCAUUUUACAACGAAUUACGAAUAUACGUAUAAAGUGCUAAUACAUUCAGUAAUUGUAUUUUAAUUCAAUAUAAUAUCGUAAAACUAACCUUUAUCAUAUUUAAUUGUUGCACUUAAAUGCACAAUAUUAGCUACUGUACUUAUGUUUAUGGACAAAAUAAAGUUUUCUAAUCGAAUAAUUGUUAUCGGUUGACGUCUUUGCACAUACUGAGUUGGUGCAAAAAUCGUUCAUACAGUCAUCAAAGGAUUCGAAUAUUUAUAUUCGUUUUCAACAAUGAAACAUAAAAAGAAAGCUGUCCUAUAAUAAUGAGGACAGGUACAGCUACUUUUAUAGGUGAGAAGUUGAGAAGGUAGUAGAUGGGAAAUUUAAUGUAUUUCUGUAUGUAACGAUUAACCAUUGCUAACGAAAAGCGAUUCUGAGCGGAGUUCGGUUAAUAAUGUUACAUUGUCAACAAUAAUAUAUAUGUCAUAUAUUAUUGUAAAAUAAUUAUAUAAGCAUUCAACAUUUUUUUUUACAAUAUUUAUUUAAUAUUGUACCUAUUUUCCCGUUUUACCUAAGUUUAUUUCGGUUCUCUCAUGUUUUUCCAAUUUAUUGGGGAAACUCCUAGAAAAAUCAAAAAAUGACUUCCUUAAAGGACCAUCCUAGUCAGAUUUCUUUGUAGAAAAGUUUUCCACAGAAACAAUAAAAAAAAAAACCUGAUAGAUAUUGCUGAUGGAUGCGAUACUAUUGUAGAUAGAUAGUUAAGAAGGUAGGAUAUAUAAGGUUAUUUAAUGUAUAUCUGUAAGCAAUGAUAAACUAAUGCUUACGAAAAAACGAUUCUGAGCGGAGCUCAGUCAAUAGUGAUGCUUUAUCAACAAUAUAUGUGUAAUUUUAUAGUAAAAUAAUUAAAUAUACUUUUUAUAUUUUCUUUAACAAUAUUUGUUUAUUGUUGUGUCGAUUUUAUGGGUUUUACUACGUUUUUUCCGGUGUUCUCGUGUUUUUCUCUGUUUUUCACAUUUGCUGGAAAAAUUCCCGAGAAAAUCAAAAAAUGAUAUGUAUAUCUUUCUAGUCAAAUUUCAUUUUAGAAAAGUAGGAACACGUAAAAAUCGGAGCAAGUUCUCUAGUAGUUUGUAGAAAAAAAAAUCGUUAUAUAUUUUAACUAAUACCUACAUUUCUUGUAUUUUCCUACGUUUUUUUUUCGGUUUUUCAUAUUUGAUGAGAAAAUCCAAAAACGAUCUCUCUAAAGUACCUCUCUAGUUAAAUUUCCUUUUAGAAAAAUUGCUAUCAUUAGAUGUUGGAGCGAAAUUGCUCAAAAUUUGCCCAAAAAUAAAAAUCGUAAUAUUUUACUAAUAUAUUUUGUACAUUUUCCAGUUUAUCCUCCGUUUUUUUUUUUGGUUUUUCACAUUGGAUGCUAAUCUCUUGAGAAAAUUCGAAAAAUGACCUUCUUAAAAUACCUCCCCACUCCAAUUUCCUUUCAGAAAAAGUUCUAGACGUAAAAGUCGGAGCAUGUUCUCUGGUAGAAAAGUUGACACAGAAAAAAAAAUAAACAUCUUUGUAAAGCCAUAAACUUCUUCACUCCACUCAAAAUCUAAAAUAUAAACAUCAUUUUAAAAUCAAUAGACUUAAUUUAACUUGUAUUAUAUCAUUCUGUAUGGCACCAAAUAAAAUUAAAAAGUUUUAAUAUUAUUAUACCUUAUAAGAUAAUAUAUAUCUUUUCUUUUGUAACCCUGUAUAUACGAAAUAAAUUGGAAACGAAUUUGUAAAAAAAAAAGUCUUAUAUAUAAUACAGUUUGCAGGAGUUUGUGUGCAAAAAUAAGUUUUCAUGUUAAACGUUAAAAAAAAACUUCGCAGACACUAACAUCGUUCGGGCACUGCAUCAGCUAUAGUAUACGGUAUUACGGCUUUUGUGACGUGAAUAGUUUUUCAGAGUAAUAAAAAUAACCCUACGGAACGGUAGCGAACGUCAAGGAAGUCGAGGGGAUAGUGCUGUAGUUACGUAUUUUAUUGGAAACACAUUUCGGGAUACCAGCCUCGCCAUGGAAGAGUCGCUGAAAGAUUUGUGGGUCAAGAAUACGGCUGUCGUAGGCUCGUAGCACAUCGAUUCAUCUCCUACGACGACGACGGGAACAAAACUAUAUACACCGUUCCUCUCCCUAACCGAGUACGGUUUCCCUGGGGAAGAGCUGCAGGAAAAAAAUUGUUCCGGAUAUGUUUAGUGAACUAUGCGAGUAACGAUAGUAUAUAUUCUUUUUACGAGACGGGAUUUACGGUUAGAUAAAACCGAGGUCACCCACACAAUAAAGGUGCAGUACAUUUUACACGCCACCAUAUUCUAUUCUUCUGUACGCAAUUAAGAAUUUAUAGACUUUGUUAUGACAUUUGGUGUCUUUUCUAAAUAAUGUACUCUUAAUAAUCUUAAUGUAAAUUAUAUAAAUUACUUAAAGAAAUUAUUGUUUGUGAAUGGCUUGUAUCACUGCUUAUAUGAGUGUUAAGCUGGGAAAAAGAUCUAUGGGAAGAACCGUUGAAAAAUUAAAAAUUGUUUCAAAUAAAGUACCACCAUUUAAAAUUUCAUAUCUUUUAAAAUAUUAUUAUAAAAUUUGAGAAAAAAUCGUAACAUUUUACUAACGAUAAUGGGUUUCCUAAAAAUAAAAAAGGAAUUUCAAAACUGUAGAUACAAAGAGUUACAUUUUAAAAAUAAUUUAGAAAUAUAUAUAUAUAUAUAUACAAGCCACUUAAUCUAACUAGUAAAAAAAUUUGGACAAAAUAGUGUUAAUAAUUUAUAUAAAAUAUUGUCUAGCCCCCUGCCAAAAGUGUUAAGCAUUGUCUAUAAUAAUAGCCGUAUUAAAUUAGUAUUAUAUUUGAUUAAUGCUUAUUGUAUACAUCAUACAACUUAUUUCAUUAUCGGCAGUUUAUACGUAAGGCGCAAAUAGUGGUGGGAAGCUUUGGGAACGAGUGCGGCCACUGUUGUGUGUGGAUAAUAAGGAAGAUGGAAUAGACAAAAUUGUUUAAUUUAUACCUGGAACCAAUAAUAAACCAUUUAUAAUGAAAAACGAUUCGGAGCGAAGUUCAGAUAUACAUGUUUAAAAAGGCCGUAAUAUUUACGAUUUUCGAUAAAAUUUGAUUUUAAAACUCAUAUAAAAAAAAUUUAACUAAUUUUUUUUUUAACCACUAAUAAUGACUUAUAAUGAACAUUUUAUCAAAAUUUCAAGUAUUUCUGUUAAGUUUAAAAAUGUAUCUACAGAGAAUCUUCAAAAUAAAAAUUCAUAAAAUAACUCGACAAAAUUAAAACCUUUAUAAAUAAAUCAGAAAUGUCUUAAAUGUUCUAAAAGUUUUACUACAUCUAGAAAAAGUAAAUAUAAAAUUUCUGUCGACAUUUUGUACCUCAACAAAUAAUUUAAACUAAAUUCCAUUAAAAAGAACAAAAUUUAAAAUAAUAAAUAAUUUUAAGUCUACACGAGACUUUAAUUUUCAUUAAACGUCCCACUUUUGUCCUGAUUUCAUAAUAUUUUUAUCCUUAUAAAGUUUAUGAACAACCAAUAAAAUAUUUUUAAUACCUAUAAAAAUAAUUCGAACAGAUACUAUGUUAGUAUUAUAAUUAUUUUAAAAUAUUUGCAGCUUCACUAGAUUACUGUCAAAAUAUUAGUAUUCUAUGCAUACAACUACCGAUCAAAUAUCAUACCGCUGUACAUGAUUGCAUAUUCUGAUUUUCUAAUUUUGUUAUUACAUAUAAGUACGAUUCAUUUGACAAUUUACAAUUCAUAAUUUGAAUCAUAAGCUAUACCCAAAUCACCCACUCAUCCACCCACUGAAAAAAUGCAGAGACCUCUCAAAAAUCACUUCACCACACCAGUAAGCAGCUAUAUUUCAUACAGAAACUGUAAGAUAUUAGACACAAGCAACAUUUUCGCAACCAGGUAUAGUAAAAAAACGUAUAAUAUAAAAACCCGUAAACUAGCUACGCCUGCUCUAUAUAUUAUAUGAUAUUAUUAAUUAAUACCUAUCUAAUAACCUAAGUGUGUAAAGAUACGCUUGCGGGAUUUAUUGUACAAAUAUUUGUCCACGAUUUGCGCGUUAUAAUCCACGGUUUUAAAAGAUAGGCGCACGCUAUAUACCCGACUAAAAUAUAUAAUAACCACGUCACAUAUUAUAAUAAUUAUGACAUCACGAGAUCUGCAAACAGAUUUAUAAUACAUAUAGAAAUCACAUAUUCAUCAACAUAGGCAGCAUGUACAGAGAGUUGGGAGGCUUAAGACACCCACGAGAUUUAUAGACUUAUAGUCUCCAAUGAUUUUUAUUUAAAAACCAUUCAUAUCUUUCAUGUGUAUUCACAAAAUAUCACCUCAACAUAACACCUUAAAAUUUUUUAUGUAUCUAAACAUAAAAAAUAAUAAUAAUAAUUUAUUUUCACAUGAUUUACAAAUCAACAAGUUAAUUAGAAAGACAACCGUUUUUGUUAAUAUUGAUAAAAGCAGAUAUUCAAGUGUUAAUUAAUGAAAUCAUACACCUAAAUUAUAAGACAAAAUAAAUUUAGAAAUGGUUGAAAACCGAAUUCCCAUAAUAAUUUCUGAUUAAAGACAAAUACAUUUGCUGAAUGAAAAAGUUAAGUGGCAUUUUUAGAUUCUGAGUGGAGUGAAGAAGCUUAUGGUUUUAGAAAGAUAUUUACUUUUUUUUUCUGUGGACAACAUUUCUACUAGAAGACUUGCUCCGAUUUUUACGUAUAGCAACUUUUCUGAACGGGAAUCGGUGUGAGGAGGUACUUUUGAGAAGUAAUUUUUCGAUUUUCCACAGAGUUUUCUCAGAAAAUUUGAAAAACUGGGAAAAAUAUGGGAAAACCGGGAGAAACGUGGAAAACCGGGGAAAUCGGUACAACAUUAAACAAAUACUAUUAAAGAAAAUAUUUAGAGUCUAUUUAAUUAUUUUACUAUAAUAUGACAUAUAAAUUGUUGAAAAAACAUCAAUUGAACUCUGCUCAGAAUCGUUUUUUCGUUAACAAUGGUUUAUCGUUGCUUACAGAUAUAAAUAGAAUUUCCGUCUAUAUCCUAUCUUCUCAACUUCCCAUCUACACCAGUGACUGCACUCGUCCCCAUUAUAUCUUACCUUUUUUUUUUUAAAUAUUGUUGGUUUGUGUCUUGUGACGGAAUGUCAUUAAAUAUGAAUACGCCCAAUAUUAUACAUUAAUAACAAAGAUUAAAAAGCAAAAACUUUUUUUUUUUUUUUGAAAUUUUUGGGAAGCAUCGUUUCCUCAUAUCCACGCUUGAAAUAGUGAGUCCCACGUGAUAUUUUAAAAACUUAGUACCUAUUUAAAUCGAUAUCAGUCGUCAUACGAAAAGAAACAAUGACAGAAGUAAUGAAGUUUUAACUACACACGCGGUGUAAUCGUAUAAUCGUUAAAAUAGGAUGACGAAUUCAAAGGAACAUUAUAUAUUGUAUAUUGUAUAUGCGGUGGGGUUUCAGUUUUUAUACACUUACCACACAAUAUUUAUCUUAUCGUCCGCGAAAAAAAUCGAUUGAAAAACACGCCACGCGUAGAGAAAAAUAAAAACCAACAAAAAUAUGUAACCCGCGGUGUUUCCUAUAAAAGGUAUUGCGAGGCACGUACGUAAAAAAAAUAAAACUUUUCAUAAACCAAAUUAUAUAGGUAUAGGUGAAUGUACGUGUUUUCGGUUUUUGGUUUGCGUGUAACCACACGCACAAAUAUCGAUCGUUUUUGUCGGUAUUCAACCCUUCCGGGACGUUUAUGUUGAUUUGCGCGUUGUUUUUCCGGCCUGAUUUAACAUGUGUAUAAAUACAAUUGAUUUGUUUUUUUUUAUGAUUCCUUAUGGUGACUAUCAUGUUAUUCUCGCGGGUUUACAUUCCCAUUGAUAAAAUGGGUGAUCUUGAGUCAUUGAAACACAAUAAAUGUACUCUGAAAUAACAUAUAAUUUCUUGACGAUCAGUGACCAUUAUAAGUUUUAUAUAAAUAUUGUCAAUACGAACGUUUUCAUAACUCGAAGAACCAAACAAAAUUACUCUUUGUCCAUAAUUCGAAAACUUUCAUGUUUCUAACAUACAAAAAGUGUACACCGCACGAAUAUCAUGUUAAAAAAAAAUGUUUUUAAUCAGAGUAUAAUAUAUAAAUAAGGUAAGGUCGGAACAGUCUUUUAUCGAUAAUGUGGCCUCUCAGUGAGGUACUUUCAGUAAAUAAAUACUUACAUAAACUAUUUUAUCAACUAUUUUCAUUGUUCUACGAUGCGUAAAACCAGCACAACUUUUUGCACUUUGAGGUCGGGUUAUAAAUAUUAAUUACAAUUAUAAUUAAUUAGAUUAUUUAUUAUUUUGUUUACAAACACAAAAUGUAAAAAAAGUUCAAUUUUCAACAUUUUUUAACAAUUUAGACAUUUAAACGUAACCUCGAUAUAGUACAGUUUGAGACGCUCUCUGAAAAAAAAGUAAACUAAAAUAUAAUUUUCAAGCGACCACAUAAUAAAUAGUUAUACAGAGGAAAUAAACAGUGCUCCGACCUUAUCUCCUAAAAUUGUGACUUUAGUUACUUUUAAAUAAUAUUUAUAAUAAACAGUGUCCUGCUGUUCUGAGGAAGUACUGAAAAAUGAAAUGAACUGAAUUUAUACUUGUGUAUCGCAUAUUGAAGCGAUAAGAAUAUUUAAAAAAAAAACCGUUUUAAAUUGGUCAUCAAGUCUAUAAACAUCGAUACUAUCACAAUUUUUAGGUUUCUUAUGACGAAUUUUUAAUUUCUACAUUUUAUUCGUAUAUAUAUAUAUAUUUUUUUUAGAGGAAAAUUCGAUCUCGAGUCGCAUUAUAUAGACUUCACUACAAAUUCAAAUAUACUUUUCAAAAUUUGGAUUCGCAAUUUUCGAAUUAUUCUAGCUGAUAAGACACUCACAUAUAUGUGUUAAUAGUUAUUGGUAUACUUAUUAAUUCAAACUGAACUAUUUCGACGAACAAUAAAAUUUGGUCUUAAACUCUCAUUUAAAAUAUCGUUAUACGUGUUUAGUAUCAUAUAUCGUGGAUGUUGGACGUUUAACCGAUAUAAUUUUUCUGCUCACAAUAAAUAUAUUCUCGUUACCUUUGAAAAAAAAAAUCAAUAUAUAGAGGGGAUAUAUUUACGUACCAAAACAACAAUUAUGACCUGGGGCAAAUACAAAAAAAAAUGUCAAAUGAGUUUUGCAAAAAAUAUCUAUCAUGUUUUAGGUUUGUAUUAGCUGCAAAUAAAUGUAUUAGGUACCCCAUCAACCUCAUUCGUCACUCAUUACGACAAUAUUCCUAACUAUAAUGUGAUGUAAAUACACAUAUAUUUCGAUUACUAUUUAAAUUACAUUUGGAAAAUAUAAAUAAUAUAUAAUGAAUUAUGCAUACACCGGUUGGAAUAUUAAAUUUGAAUCUAGGGCAUUUAAACGGGGAGGGGGCAGGGUUUAUUUUAUAUAAUUGAUAAUAGAGUCAAAUAUUGUAGAAUUUUUUCUCUUCCGAACUAAUAGCAAAAUCGAAUUUGACUAUAUUAUGAUAAAUAUAAACACAAACACGGGAACCACGGCGUCGAUCAGUAUGUAUUUAUGUACUUUUCGGGAAUCUAAAACUAUGGAAAUUUAUAACGAGUGCAAACUGAACAAGUGAAAUGGUAUACAAAGGUAUAUUAUUAUACCAAAUAUCAAGUAACGAUAAUAAUGAGUUAUUUUCAAGGGAUUAAAUUACCCGGUAAGUAAUACUCAAAAUACUCGAUAAAUACUUUUUUUUUUGUUUUGUAAUUUGAGACCGUGGUAGUACACAAUAUAUGAACACAAAUCUAACCUCUCCGUUCAUUUGUCGUGCAGAGUUUAUACAUAUAUAUCCAUAAGAAAAAUAAAUGACAAUAUAUUACUGUAAUAAUAAUAAAAACACACUGUUAUAUCUGCAAAUUAAAGCAAGAAGGACCAAUUUCAAGAAAAAAAAAAUUAAGUAUUACAAUAAUUAAAGACUUAACAAUAGAAUUUAGAAAUUUUGAGAAAUAAAUAAAAAAAUUUUCCAGUAGCAACUUUUAAUUUCAACUAUCAAUUUUCAAUUUAUUUUUCAAUUUUUUUCUUCUUUUUUAACAUUGACAUAUUUAUGCAUCAAAAUAACCAUAUAGUAAUAAUAUUCGUUCAUGUAUUUGUAGCAGUAUUUCAUAAAUUAUAAAGGCAAAUAAAUAUUAUAUACUAUUCUGUAUAUUAAAUAAUUUCCUCGUUCCAGAAUACAUCGGAAACAUAAAAAAAGAAUUAGUACUUCAUUUUUUUAUUUUUUACCACUAAUCAAAACUCAUAAUAAAUCGUCAAAUUUUUAAGCAUUACUGUUUAGUUUAACCUAAAAUUUUUUUUCUGCAGAGUACUACCAAUCAAAAAUUCAAAGAAAAUUAAAAAACAAUUUUCUUAUUUACCAACGAAAUUAAAAAUUUAACAAGGUUUCUUGUCAUUUUUAAAUAGGAGCAAUAUUUAUAGUAAAAAACAUAAGUCGUACAAAUUUAAAAUAAUGACAUUUUACGCUGUACAUAUGUUAGUUUCACAUUUUUCGUCUUUUUCCAGUUUUCCCAAUUAUCAUGAAAACUACUAGGAAAUUCAUAAAACGACUUUCUCUGUUGAUCUAAAACGCAACAAAAAAGGUUACUUGUCGUUUUUCUAUUGAAGCAAUAUUAGUAGAAAACAUAAUUUGUAAAAAUUAAAAACAAACAAAUCGGUAACACUGUAAAUAUUUGCCGUUUUACCAAUAAUUUUCUUUCUAGCUUUUCCAAAUUAUUUUGAUAGUGAUGUUUUAUGAACAAUAUAUAUAUAAUUAUAUUAUUUUAUAGUAAAAUAAUUAAAUAGGCUUUACAUAUUUUCUUUAAUAAUAUUUGUUUAAUGUUAUAGCGAUUUUCCCAGUUUUUCUAAAUUUUUCCCGGUUUUCCCGGUUAAUUUCCUUUCUUAAAAAUGACUAAACUUUAUACAUUAGAACAAGAUUUCUGGUAGAAAAGUUGUUUACAGACAUAAAAAAAAAAAAAUCUAGGUAAAAUCAUAAGAUCCUUGCUACGCUCCGAAUAAAAUAACUGGAAAGAAUACGUGAAAAACGUGAACCAAAAAUCAUUCCCUACAACCUUCAUUUAUAUUUAGUAAUGCUUUUAUAAUUUCUAGUAUUUUUACUGCUUUUUAUGAAUCAACAUAAAUCAAAAAACAACGUAUUUUCUCGGUUUAUUAAAAAAAAAAUCAAUUUUCCUGAAAAUAUUUACUUCCAAAAAAUGCACGAAAAUUGCACGAUUAUUACAGAAACUUUGUUUUUCCUUUUUUUUCUUUUAUUUGAAAAAUCUAUUUUUUUGGAAUGUUUGAUCUCUAGUACUUCCACACAUAAUAUUACACAAUUUUUCACAAUUUUUCACUUAGCCUAUAUUAUUUUAAUCUACAUUGAAAUUGCAGACUUGCAACGUGGUAAAACAAUAUUAUUCUGAAUAUCGGCUAUUCGCGUUUGACGAAAACAAUCAAAAUGCAUCUUGCGUAAAAACGAAUAAAUAAAAACACAAACGAUGUAACUGUAAUAGAAGGACUACACAUAGUUUGCUAAGAGUAAAUUGCAUUCAAUAAUUUAUCAUCCACUGCGUUAUAUUUUAAGGUCUAUAUAGUAUUAUAUAAUAUACGAAACGAUAAAAUAAUAAAAAUAUAAUCGUUUCCGACCGAAUGUAUAAGAUGCUAUAUACAAUACGGCAGACCGGAAAAACGCAUAUUAUAAUAUAGUGUAGUAAUACACCAUGAGGUCGCAUAAAUCUUGCCGAUUUUAUUGUACAGGACGAUUAUACAUACACAAACAUUGGCAAGAUACUUCAAAAGAGGAUAGCAAUACAAGAUACACGAUAUUUACAUUUAAAUACUACAAAUACUCGAGAUAUUAAAAUUUAAAUGGCAUCAUAAAAGAUGGGUGGUUUUUCAAGUUGUUUCCAGUUUUGUAAAUUUCAACAAUUAUUUUUUACCAUUUAUUAACAACCUUAAUGAUAAGAAUUUUCCAUUAAUUUACUAUCUGGUACGUAUUAAAGGGAAAGGGCCAUAGUGGUCAAUAAAAAGUAAAAAUAGUUUUCAAAUUUUGAAUACAAACGAACAUGAAGUUUUAGACUAAUGCGCUAGUGUAAAACUAACUCUCUACCGUUCGCCUUAAUUGAAUUAUAAAACAUACAUUUUAAUUUUUUGAUUUCUUCUCUAUGUUUUAUAGGAAAAAUUUGUAUUUAGUUAGCUAAGUUAAAGUGCAUAAUGAGUUUACCUUGUUUUUUUUAAAAAUAAACUUGCACCUAAAAGUAGCAAAAAAAUGCAAAUAUUUGUUCAACAAAAUAUAGACGAAAAAGUCAAAUAUUCACAACAGAAACUGGACUACUGGAAGUACCUAUGUUUAUUUUACUCCAAGUGGUUUACAAUGUCUAAAUGUAUAAAAAAGCGAUUUACUUCCAAUCGCCCUAACGAUUUAAUAUUUUAAUUUCAGUUUAUACUAUACAGAUGAUAAAAUAUAAUAAUAGCAACCAAACAAACAAAACGAUUUCCAAACCAAAUCUUAUGUACUAAUCUAAUCGAAACAUCUAAACAACUCAAUUACAGCCUACAAGUACAGAGUGUAUUCACGGUUUUAUUUUGAUACUAUCAUAGAUUUUUACGCGCAUCAUCUACAUACUUCCGUGUACGUUAUUUUAUCGGUACUACACGGCGAAUAUUAUUAACCAAUAGUAUUAAUAAAUCACGUAAACUAUGAAAUAUUACGUUUUUAGAGUUAUUUAAAUUUGUGUAUAAAGAUAUUGUAUGUUGCAAAUAUAUGGUUCAAAAAAAAAAAAACACUUGAAAUAAAGCAGAAAUUCACUAAAAUUCAAUAUCAAUAACACUUAAUUUUGUCAACAGUUAAACAGUUGACUCAAAACGAUCGAGUACAUAAUUUUAGAACAUAUAGAUAGUCUUAAUAAUUUAAAAUAUGCGGGAUAAAACCGAUUUGAUUCAUUCCCGCAGCUGAUUGAUGAUAUCAAAUUUUAAAAAAUAAACUUGAAUUUUCAAGUAAUAUUAAUAUAUUAACAGCAGAAAAACACCCCUCCCCUUCAGAGAAAAAAAAACUAAAAUAGCACUAGUUAUUGCUAAAAAUAAAUGUAACGUACACAAUAAUCCUACGUAUUACCUUUUGUACCUAUGAGUAUGAAACAAAUUCAUUGCUAGUGUGACUUGAAAUUUCAAAUGAAGAAAUGUAUUCUAAAACUACACAUGCUUAUAUUUUAAUAUUUUUUAAAUAUCGAGAAGAAAUCUUUUAUAUUUUUUUUUAUAUAAAUUUUAGAUCGCUGUAUCUUAAGUAAUUUUUGAGAUGUAACAAAAUUGUGUUGAUAAAAUGUUACUUAAAAAAAUCAAACCAUUUGAACUUAGUAUUGAUGAAAAUAGGUUUUAUUAUUAAAAUAAAAGUUAUUUGAAAUGCACAUGCAAGCACUGAAUGGGUUAAAAUAUGAUUUAUCAGUGAUUGCAUUCACCUACCGAAAACUAAAUUUAAAUUCAAGGUUAUCCGGUUGAAAUAUUCAGUGUUACUUAGGAAAAUACAAAUCACACAGAAUACAAACAAAUGAUUAAAAUUGUAGCUUACAUUUCUGUAUAUUCAGCAAAAUAUAUUGGUUUUAAAAUGAUGUGACUUUUUUUGUGUUUUUACAUAAUUUUUCUACAAGUAAUUUUAUACUGCAAUCAAAACAGUUACAGUAACUUUAUUAUAAUAUUUUUCAAUCUUUUUGGUUCAUUAAGAAGGUGAUUUUUGUGAUUCCAUUGUAGUGUCCUUUUAAAUAGAAAAAACUGAAAAUUAUUCGUAUCAUUUUUUUUUUCGACAACUACACUGUGCUAAAAUACCAAUAAAAUGUUCAUUCCACGUGAAACGAAGACGGCUAUAGUAAUAAUUUUGAACGGCCAGCGUUAUUUUUGUCUGUCCCUUGAGUAUCUAUAUCUAACUACACGGGCGGAACACAUUAUUUUAGACGGUCGCGGUCCAAAAUUCCAAAUGACGGGGGAAAAAACACAUAUACGCCGUAAGGGGUUUCGAAUUUCGUUGAAACGACCCGAAAUAUACACGCCAACCGCGGACGUCUCCCUCCGGAGAGUUCUGCGGACGCACGGUUAAGUACUUAUUAAACGACUUUACGACGCCGACCACCUCUCCACGGGAAUAUACAUGUGACACGACCACCGCUGAUAAGAAUCAGUCGCACCCCUCGGUCGGGCAAAAACCGAAACUAUUUAUUAUUAUUUCUAUUGCAGCCUGGUGUUGGAACUCUGAAGGGCCUAUUCUGGAAUUAUAUUUCGCUAUACACGAUUCAACGUUGUGCAGUGAAAUAUAAAUGGAAAUAUUAUAUCGAUUCGUAUAUCUGACCAGCAGUACGCGCUUCCCAAUGAUGGUACGAAAAAUUUCCCGGUUUAAUUGGAUUUGUAUGAUCCUAAGAAUGUAGGAUACAUAAAGGUUAUUUAAUUUAUAUCUGUAAACACCGAUAAACCAUUGCUUACUGUUUUAUUUGAAUACGAUUUCUUGUAAAAAUGUAUUCGCAGACAGAAAAAAAAAAUAUUAAAAAUAUAGUAUAAUCAAUUGCUCCGCACAACUUUUCUCUAUUGAACAUUUUGUAUUAUAUAAUAUGUUGAACAAUUAGUUAUUUGUGGACGUAAAAACUUGUAUAUUCUAUAGUUUGGAGGACUAAGGCCCCUAGGUCUUCCCUCUGAAUUCGUCACUGCGUAUAUAUGUAUAAGUUACAAAAUAUAAUGUAUUUCAAUUUAAAUAUUAAGUAAAAUUAAUAAUGUAAUAAAUUUAAUUCUUUCAAAAAUUAAGUCACGUAAUGGAAAAUUAAUUGACUGUUGAAGUUUUUAUAUUAUGAAUUAUUAAAUUUGUAAUUGGAAUUCUUUGACAGAAAAACCUUCGCUAUUUAAUUGAAAAUUAAUCAGAUGAUUAGACAUGUUGAUUGCUCAGUGAGGUCCAUUAUAUACUAUAUUAUAUUAUAUUAAUUAUAUGUAAUAUUCUAUAUUAAAUAAUAAUAAUAAUAAUAAUGUUUAUUCCAACUUAACAAAGAAAACUUAAAAAUAGUGAUACUGUUGAAGGUGGGAAAUGGGGUAAGUAGGAUACAUAAAGUCAUUUAACUUUUUUAUAGACUAAUGAACUUCCUGUCAAAUUUUUAAACAUUUCAAUAAAAAUGGCUUAAAUGUUUUAAAAUUUUAUCCCGUCUAGAUGACACGUAAAAUUGUGAAGUGAAAAGGUAAAUAUAAGUUUUCUGUCAAAAUUUCAAGUCACUACAAAUAUUAAUAACUGAAUUCCAAAAAAAAAAAAAAAAAAAAUUGAAAUUAAUAAGAUCAUUAUUUUCACAUAAUUUCCUUGUUUUUUCUACGCUUUUUUCUGGUCUUUUCUAAUUAUAAUGAAAACUACUAAGAAAAUUAAAAAAUUAAUAAACGAAAAAUUUCACCAACUAACUAGAUUAAAAAUUAAACAAAAAAGGUCUUUCGUCGUUUUUCUAUUAGAGCAUUAUUUUCGGAAGAAAACAAUUUGCAAACAUUUAAAACAACGAAAUCGAUAACGUAGGGAUGCACCGUAAAUAUUUGCCAUUUUACCUAUAAUUUUCUUUUUUCCCAACUGUUUUAAAAACCCCUUGAAAAAUUAAAAAAAAUUCAUUUUUAAUGAACCAACUAAAUAAAAUUUCCUUUCGUAAAAGAAGUUUCACUCUAAAGAUUAGAGCAAGUUUUCUUUUCGAAUAAAUGUUUACAAACGAAAAAAAAACACACAUAUCAUAGUAAAACCAAUAGAUCCCUCACUACGCUCCAAAUCUAAAAAAAUAAUAAUUAAAUACGCAUAUUACACCGUUUUGAAUAUUACAUAACUGCCUAGCAUUCAUGUGUAUACAGAAUAUUUUAAAGAUUCUGUAACUCACCUUUACAUAUAAUGUAUAUACCUUAUAACAUCUAACCGAAAUAAUACAUAAUAAUCUUAUGACACUGAAGACAGGUAUAAUACGCAGUAAUACCUACCUGUUGCGGGAUUUUUUAUUUGUUUUAGGAAAUUCGGCUGGGUUUACAGAAGAAAAAACCAGUGUCUGCUGCAGUAGGUACGAAUCUCGAGCGUGUUACAUAAAACGAAAUCGUAUAUACAAGAAAUAUUUGUAAUUUACAAGCCACCCAUUUUAAGAGAAGGAUAUAUACCCGACAUACAAUGCUUCGGUUUGACUAAUUAACUACAUAACGAAAUAACGUUACUUAGCAUAUUGUAAACAGUGACUUUUAGAUUUAAAUUAUAGUUUCAACACUAAACACACAAUUUAAAGACAUUUUUAUUUAUGGGCAAUACGUUGCUGGUUUUUUAAAAUAUUGCCAAACGCAAAUUUUUACGAAGCUAUUUGACAAAAAAGAUAACACGACUGUAACAUUUUUUGUUUCGCAAUAUUUUGGAAAAAUACAGCAGUAUGGCACAAAUACUAUAAAAGGACUAGUUGCUAGUUGCUAGUUACUAGUUCUAGAAAAUGGAGCUAUUUUUCCUGUUAACUCUAGUCUGAAACUUUGUGUUUGAAUCCUGAACAUAACUUAUUAUUUUACAUGAUGGGGUUGUUAAUAUGGUACAAAAUCUUCAAACUAGAGAACCAGACUACUCCAAUCAGUUAAGGUAAAGGUUGAGCUAUUGCACUAUAGUGCAUUGAGCGAGGCCAAUUUCCGUACGCUAUUGACCCAAUAAUUCCGUUUAAACGACGGCAGUUUUCUAACAUAGGUAAUUAAUUUAUGUAUCUAUGAAAUCCAAUAUUGAAUCUUAUCAAGUUUUAAAAAAAAAAAAUCAUGUUUUUCGAUUAAACACGUAAAAAGGCGAUUCUCAAUACUAUAAUGGAUAUAUUUAUCGGUAUUUUACAUAGGAUUCAAAUACUACGCAGUGUUAGGCACUUAAUUUUGGUAUUCGUAUAGUAACAGAAUAAGUUAUUCACCUUUUAUUGUUGUCAACUAUUCAAAAUUCCGAAUUAUUUUGACAAAACUUAUCGCAAGAACCUAACUCAUAACAAAAACUACAUGAAUUGUUAUUAACAUUCUCAAUAUAUAGACUCACACGCGCAAUAUUUAAAACCCAUUUAUAAAAUAAUCACGCAUUCAAAACGCCAAUAACGAGUCACACAAUCGAUCAAUCAAUUAAAAAUAAUGAUUGUUCAAUUAUUAUGAUUAUUAUUCGGCGAACAUACUGAAUAUACGAGAUUUCUAAAACAAAACGGAUUAAAAUAAAUUCGUAUAUUAUACACACUGAAUAUAAUCAUCAGACCUUGUUUCUCGUUUCUUGUGCAACAACGCUGCUGCUGCUGUAAUUUUUGUCCGUUGACUCGUCUUGCAAUAAUAUUAACGAUGAGAGUCUUAUAUUAUGUUCGAUCGACACCGAUAACAAUGAAAAUAAAAAAAAUAAUAAUAAUAUGGUCUAUAAAUGAUAUAACGAACCAGUUGCGUAUGCCUACACGGAAUUGAAAUAUGUCAAAUUAAAAACCUAGAAGUGUACUUGUUUACAUUUUUUUGCGGUUCAAGGUCUAAUCACGCGAAUUUUAUAUAAAUUACUGAAUUCGGAAAGGGCAAGUGAUCUAAUUAUUUUUGAAUUGUUCAAAAAUAAACAAAAUACUUUUUAAACACCUAUAGUAUUAUAAUAUUUUAUAAAAUAACUUUAGAAACGUGUAGACAACUAACCACCAAUAGGAAACGAUAUUAUUACGAAAUUCCAGUAUCAUUUUUUUCUUUUUGUCGGCAUUACAAAAAAACGUCGUCUCAUCGAGAGGCGAGGGUCCGUCUUCUCGGCGAACCUUUACAGUAGUCAUACAGUGAUGAUGAUGGCACGAUUAAAAGGGGUCUCAAUAUAUGAGGUUUCUGAUCAGGACCGUAUCCUCCUGACAAUAAUAAACAUAAUAAAAUAAUGUCGAGCGCUGAAACCUAACGCGGUUCAGAAGAGUGUAGCAAAUAAUAUUUUAUCACAAUUGUCGUAAAAAUUGCGCUUGUCGUCGCUGGCAAACCGAUCGGAAAUACGAUGUCGCGUAAUACGAUACACCAGAAUAAAAAUAUAUUGAUUGAUGGUAAUAGGAAAGACGAGUUGAAAAUUCGCCAAAAAAAUAAUAUAAAUUGACGUAACCGAUUGCAAAACGAGAUUUAUAAUAUUAUAAUAGUCCGUAAGAGAAAUCUGUUAUAAUGGAAUUUCCCCUUGUAUGAAAACCGUUCUCUGCCAGUGAUUUGCUUUUUUUUUUUGCGUUUUUAAACCAUCUAAUUAACCGGCAAAACUAACGAACGUCUUGUGUACAAAAUAUAUAUAUGUACAGUACGGCUAUGGUACUAAUACGAGGGUUGAGCCAAUUAAUCUUUCGAUAACAAUAAAUCCUAUAUUUUAGAAUAAAAUCUGUUUUUCUACUGCUCAAAAUAAUAUUUCAAUAUACUGGUAUUAUGAUAAAUCGAUGAAACUACAUAGCACUGAAACAAGCAAAAUAAUACAAUGUAAUUGCAUGGCUGCUGUUUAAAACACUAUGUAUUUAAGCUAGGAAAUUUAUUCAUUUAGCAGCUUUGGUAUUAUUAUGUCACAUAGCAAUUUACGAAGUUAAACUUGCUCGUAUUAAAAUCUGUAUCUGCUAAAAACUCUCUAAGGUUCCUCCCCACACCUAUUUCCUUUUAGAAAAGUUGCUACACUAAAAAUUGGAGCAAGUCCUCAAGUAGAAAAGUUGUCCACAGAAAAAUAAACAAAAAAAUAAACAUUUUUCUUUGCUCCACUCGGAAUUUAAAAAUUAAUUAAUUUGUAUUAUAUGUAUAAUGUACAAUUAUCAUGUAAAAAAAGGAAUAAUACUGCACAGAUUCAUUUUUUUCUAAUAUGUUGUAAAAUGUUAGUAAAUACUAACUAUAAGAAUGGAAAGAAUAUAUAAAAUAGAAUAUUCACGUGCAAAACAUUUUUUGCAAUUGAAUUACGAGGAGUAUCACGUCCGCUUAACUGAAUCUGAAUCUCCACUUUAUUAUCAGUAUUUUAUGUAAUAUAUAUAUUAAUAUACCUAAUUAUAAAUAUUUAAAUUAUUCUUUAGAUUCGGAGCGUUCUAUAAUAAAUAAAUAAAUGUUAUUUUAGUAUAAACAAUGUAUUAAGAUCGAAAUUAUCAUCAAGAAAAUCAAAAGUCAUUUUAUACACAAGUUACCAUACCAAUAGUAACUUAUACCUAUAAUACUUGAUUCUCGAUAAAAGAAGACAGUUAAAACUUACGAUAUGGAAAAAGAAAAUCUAAAGAAACAUUUAUAGACCGGUGUAUAAUAAUGACCAAGGAAUUUUCGAAAAAGAUAUAAUAAAGAGCUGUAUUGUCUUUAUAAGAAACCCAAUAUAUUCACAUAUUCAACAUGAAAACGACUGGGUUGUACAUGUAUGUAUGGUAAACAUGGAUGUUUAAAAACAUGUUUCGUCAGGAAAAUUAAACAAAAAAAAAACCACUUGGUAAACCAAGAACUAGAUAGAAAGAUACUGCAAAGAAGGAUAUGAAAUUUAUAAAUGAUAAUAUAACAAUAAACUGAACUCUGGACUGAAAAAUAUAGGAAAAGCUGACACUAGUGGCCUAAUAAUUAUGAUGAACAUCAAAAUUCUUCUACCAAUACAAUACAUAUUUUAAACCUAAAGUCAAAAAUCAAAUUUGUCCGGAAACCGUAGUUGAAAACGUUGUCGGUGAUUGCUGGAAACGUCCCCAGAAAAACGAAGGUUACCAUUCUGGUAUCUGCAAAACCGAAAGUCAAAAAGUUGUAGAAACAGAUGGCGGUACUCAGCUAAUCAACUAUUGACCUUGGUCAAACAAGUACUUUGGGCUUUAAACUCGAUAAUGUCCCCGGAGUCCACUAUUUCAACGAACCUCCGUAAACAGCAAACUGAAGGCAAAUUAUAAAAUAACAUCCGCUAUUUUAUUGCAACGAUUGAUUUUUCUAUAGGUCAUCAAAAUUUAAGACAUUAUUAAACAAAGACCCAAUUCCUCUCGCUAAAGGGGAAAAUUGUGAAGCUCAAGUCCACUAUCGACUAAAAAGUGUACACUUUGUAUGUACUGUGUGUGCACUUUUUGCGAAAGGAAAUUUUUCGAGUUAGUACUUUAACAAAGUCUAUUUUUUUCAAUUUUCCAAGCAGUUUACAUAAUACUUAAGAAAAACGGAAAUAUUUACGAAAACAAUGAUAAUAAAAUAAUAAUAUAAUUAUAAUAAAAUUAUGCUUUUAUUAUUUUCAAUUUUAUUUUUUGUUGUUAUUCAGUUAAACAUAUUCAUAAAGACUUGAAGUUUGGACAGAAAACUUAUAUUUGUCUAUUCUAGAAGUGGUAAAAUGUUCAAAACAUUUUAAUUAUUAAUAGACAUUUUAAUUUUGUGAGUUUUUAUGUCAUUUUUAAUCGGUUUUACUCGGUGUAUAAAAUUGUUAGCGCAAACAGAAAUACUUGAAAAUUGAACAGACGAUUUAUUAUAAGUUUUACUUAGUGAUCAAUAAGAAAAAGUUUAGUUUAAUGUUUUUUAAUAAGUUUUCUUUUUAUAAAAAUUUUAAUAUUAAAUUUUGACAAAAACCAUAAAUAUUACGGUCUUUUAAAACAUUUAAAACGGAACUCCGUUCAGAAUCGUUUUUCAUUAGCAAUGAUUUAUCAUUACAUAUAAACAUACUCUCUAUAUCCUACCUUCUCAACUUCUCAUCUAAAACAGUGUUUCACUUAUCGUGUGAAGUACGUCCGUCUUUUUUAUUUCUAUUUUGCUUUCAAUAAUUUCUCCAAUGCAUCUCUGCGAACACGCUUUGAAUUCAUUGCCAUUACAAAGAAAACAUUUGCAAGCAUUGCAAAGAAUGCAUUGGUAUGAAUGGAUGCAUUUACCACACUUUGAUAUUUCAAAGGAAUAUAUCUUAACCGCUUAAUGGCUUUAACAACUAUCAGUAAUUGACUUGUUCUUUCAUAUGGUGGACCACAAAUAUAUGUAGACUGUUAUUAAGUAUUUCAUUAUUAAUUCCAUUUUCUUUCUGGGCAUUUUAAUUUACAUAUACAGUUUUAGAAUCAUUUUUGCUGUGGUAAGCCAAUGAGCCUAGUUAAUAAAAUCUGGCUUUCAACUGGUAAAUACAAUAUUGAGCAUUUUCUGGAUCCAAUAGAAUUUGUUAUUUCGUAAAUAUACCUCUGGUCCUUGCUGAGGUCUUUUAGGUUUAUAUCAAAGAAAAUAGAAGGAAUAGUGAAGUCCUUAUUAACAGUUUACAUACCUUUGUGUUUCACUAUAAGAAAGAACAAGACAAUUGGUGAUAGUUGAAGCUAUUUUGGUAGGUUUUUCCCUCUCUCUCCCCUUGGUGUUUAAACUAUGGCCAUUUUGAGGUAUUGAUUUUAAAUUUGUGAUUCAUUUUAGUGAUCUCAACGCCAAAUUCUCCUUAUAACGCAUUAGUAACACAACGGUACCAUUUUAAAAAAAACUUUGUUUAGAUGUGUGUAAAUGACCCACCCUAUUGCCUGAUGACAAAACUAUUAUUAUUUUGCAAUAAAUCAAUAAUAUUUAACUCAUUAUUUGAUUAUCUACUCGGAUUAAUAAGCAUAUGAAGUACCUCACUACAUACAAUUUGAACAUUCAAAGCUGUUUGAAAAGCAUAAGUGCGAAAUAUCAGAACACAGGUACAACGGCAUGUUUUAUUAUAAAGUCGUUACACGUUCGAUAAUUAUUAUUUUUUUUACAGUUGUCGUUUUUAUACAUAUACACGUAUGUUAUUAUUUUGUACGCUAUUGUAGUCGUCGGCUAAACGAAGCGAUACAAGUAUUAUAUUACGUUAUUAUUGCACGCCUAUUGAUUUACUAAUUAAUAUUUAACUAUUAAAAAAUGAAAUGAUACUACUAAAAUGAGUUAGAUAUAAAUAUAACAAUGGAAGAAGAAAAACACAGUAGAAUAAAACGCAAUAAUAGAAGAAAUAUUUUAACCAAGAUAUUUGCAAAACGGAACACUCUGUGGUGAUGAGGGUGCAGUGUUUUUGCUUUCAUUAGUCCCGAAACGAAUCAAAAUACACUAGAAAAGAUAGGGGAAGAGACACAAAAUUCUAUAAGUGUUUGCGAAUGGAAAAUGAAUGAGAGCCGGGACGAAACUAACAACAAUAUAGUAUUGAUAUAAACACCGGCUCCACGGAGAUGCUUGAAGUAUAAAUCAGAAAGGGGACAUCGCAAAAAUCUCCCCCCAAUCGUAAAUUGACCGAUUUGGAUUGGCUGACUGCGGUAUACACAAAAAAAUCUAAUUAAUUUUAAACAAAAACAAAAUUAUGAAAUAUUUUACAGUAAAAUGAUUCUCGAAUAUAAUUUAAUUAUACAGUACCUAUAUCUAUCCGUGAUAAAUAUUAUACUUAAAAUCGGAUAAAAUACGGUUUUGGUAAUAAAAACUAUAUCGAUUAUGCUAUUAAUUUAUUAUAAUAAACAGAAUUUUGUAAUUUCGCAUUGCGGGUAAAUUAUAAUUUUCACGUUUUUUAUAAGCUUUAUACACGAUUGUUUGGAACAUUGUGUGUAUAUUAUACACUACGAGUAUGCGCAGUGUAUAAAUCUUGUUUCAAACACAAUUAUAAAGUUAGUAUCAUGCUUUUUACUAUCACGAUAUUUUGUAUUGCGAUCGUAACUAUCACAGAAUUAACGUCCAUAUUAUGAAAAUGUAAUAUAUAAAUCGAAUAAAUGACGUAAUACAAUCGAUAUAAUAGUGAAUUUCGAUAAAAACAUUAAUUAUUACAGAGCGAUACAACAGUAAAAUAGAGCGACAUGUUCACAUGGUAAUAGUUACUAUCUAUAGUUACUAUCACUCUUACAAUCCCACAAUAUAGUAAUUAUCUCAUAUCGUGUGUUAUUAAAUAAAUAAAUUGUAUCAAUUCCCUAGCGAUAUGUGUUGAAUGUCGAUGCAUCGGGGGAAAAUUGGAUUGGUAACCAAAAGUUUCACAUUUUUUUUUUAAAAUAUCAGUACAGUAACUUUUGGUUACGCUUUACGCCCUGAAGAAUGGAAAAAUCAAAAAAAGGAUUCAUACAUAUAUUAUAUCAAUACAUACAAACAAUAUAAUACAACGCUGUUCUAAUUGUAUAAUAUUAUUAUACAAUGACAAUUGCAAAAAAAAAAACCCACUAAGAUGAUAAAUAAGAAACAACAUCGCGAUUCGUACCACGUAAUCGGUUUAUAAAAACAACGAUAUCGGAUUAUCACCUUUUUUUAAGAAUACUAUAGGCUUACAAUCUGCAAGUAAAUCUCAAUAAUAUUAAAUUCUUUGCGACGGUUAUAAUAGUAUUACUUUAUUUUGUUAUACGUCGCAAUCGAUUUACAACGCUCGUACGAAAAUGUGUAAUUGUUUCGACGGAUAUUACCAGCUAUACUAGUUGUACCUACUAUAUUUGCAUAAUACAAAUAAUUUUCGAAACUUAUUAUCUCCAAACGAACGUCACGCACAAACGACAAAGGUCUAGAAAAUAAGAUUAUUGAUAUUUUAGCUUGAAAAUUCCAUUUGAUAAUUAUUUUGUUUUUGAUUCUGAGCGUAGGAACGUAUUAUGCACUUCUGUUUUUUUUUUCUGUUUAAUAUAAAAAAACAUUUCAACCUAAAAUCUUACUUUUUCUGGUGUAAAAUUUUGUCUGGUUAGUUACCUACUAAUAAGUAGGUACCCUAUAAUAGACAGUGGCGGAUAUCUUGAUUCUGAGGGGGGGAAACAAUUUUCAAAUCCACAGAGGUAAUGAGGUUUUCAAUCAAGGUUUACGUCGUAUCAGUUAAUUGAACCGAAAUCAUAUAAUCUAACUGCUAUUCGGCUUAAAUGCUAACCGGUUCACUGCGCAGUCUUCUGAAACACUCGCACAUCGUAAAUAAAUAAAUUUAAGUUUUACGGCUGAAACCUAAUUACGAAACGUGUCAAGACUAAUCUCAGACGCACAAGCAUACUUUGAGAUUUUGGCAAACAUUUUAUAUCGAAACAAAAAUAUUACGAAGACAUUUCCCGAGAGAAUUAAAGUCGUAAUAAUUUAUUAUGUUUUCCGUACGAGAAGCCAACGAUUUCUCAUACGUCGGUACGUUUUACGAUUAUUUCAAAUUUUUCCCCACUAAUUCCGUCGGGAAUCUUGCAUUUUGAGAGAAAAAAUACAAUAUUCGAGUCGUUACAGGUAAUACGCGAAUAAAGAUGUUUUGGUCGUUUUGGAUCGUAGCUAUGAUUUUUUGAAUAGUAUUCAAAAUGGACGUAGAUCAAUUUUUUUAUUAUAAUUUAUAAAUUUAAAUUUUUUAAAUACAUAUUUUGUUAGGUAAUAUAUAUGUAUAUUGUUCACUCUUAUAAAGAAUAUAUAUUUUGAUUGUUUUAAAGUUAUGAAAUACCUAGUUUUAAUCAUAAAAUGAUAAGUGGUGAAUCUAGUCGUUAAAUGUAAUUUUUAAAAUGGGGGAGCAAAAUCAUUUACAACGAUCAAACCUGAUAUUAAAUAUCUUACAACAAUAUGAGAAAAAAUAACAUAUGAUUUUUGAGGUAAAUGCCCUCAGUCCUAAAUGUCAUCGGAUAUGAUUAGCACCUUAUCACGGGCAUAUAAAUUUAAAUAAUAUUGAAAAAUGAGAAAAAUAACAAUUGGAAUAGAAUGAUCAAUCAGAAAAAUCGGUAAAAUCGUUGGAUUGACAUUUAGUUUGUAACACUAAAUUUCGGAACAAUGUGCAAAAAUUAAACAUUUUUAAAUUAUCGUUUUGAUUAAACAUCGCUGAAUUUUUUGUAGAAACGAUAAUAAAUUUGUUCCUUAUAUUAUCGUUUAACCCCACGCCCCACUCUAUAUGCUUUUAGCUUUUAGCUUUUAUUUAUACGACCGUUCGCGUCUCCCGUCAAUAUUUAUACCACUAAGGUUUUGACCUUCAUGUAUCCUAGUGUACAUAUACACCUAGGUAUACAGAAAAGAAAAAAUAGAAAAAGAAAAUAUUCAUCUCAAAUUACCCUUACAUAAAAUAUUAUCGUAAAUUUCCUACCGUACUUUUUCCUUAUGCAGAUCUAUUAAAUAGCCGACGAAUAGGUCAAAUGUUUUUCUUUCGUUUUAGGCCAUAAAAGUUUAGUAUACAGGCUAUAGGCGCCUAUACAUAAUGUUUAUUAUAACAGUUAUAACUUUUACGGGCGAUAUGGACAAAUAAUAUGUAGGUAUAUAAUAUAUAUUUAUAUAAAACUUUUAAUAAACGUUUAAAUGUUUAAACGAUAUUAGCUGUAGUGUUAUACUCGUGAAUUAUCUCACAAAAAAAUAAAAAAUAAUAAUAAUAAAAACAUAAUUAAAACUAUUAAAAAAAAUAAACAAAAUUAAAAACGCGCACCUUUAAUUAUUUAUAUUACGUAUACUAUCGAGUAAUAGGAAAAACAAACAGUGACAUUUUUAACUUAUUUGACUUGAAUCGCGAUAUUUGUUUGAUUUUUAUAUAAGUCUGUCGAAAAUCGGCUUAAAAGAAACAUGACAAAAUGCAAUUAAGUAAAGUAAAAUGCAAGUAAAGUUAACGAGUUAACAAGUUAAAAGUUAAUCGGUUUAUUAACUGAAAAUUAUUAAUCAGCCUACAGAAAAUUUGCUGUAAUCAAAAUGAAAAUAACCAAUAUAUUGAAACAAAAAAGGACGAAUUAUUUCGGGAAUAUCAGAUUAUACUUAUUUUGUAUACUCAAUACAACUCUGUACACGUCAUUAUUUGUACAAUUGCAAAUCGAGUAUAGUUAAAAUCAAAAGAAACAAGAUGAUGAUCGAUUAUUAAAAAUAGUAAUUUUUUUUUUUACAGUUAAAUACGCACACGUACACAUUUCAGAUAGAAAUGAUAAAUUUUUUAACUCCUCUGUGUGUAUAAUGUGAAACCAAUAAUGUUAUAAACAACAUUUUUACAGUCCAUACAUAAAGCAUAUUAUAAAUAUGUUAUAAAUAUGUUGAUGACACGUACAUUUUAUUUAGUGGUUCAAAUAGACAAACAGAAAAUUUAGUAAACUACAUUAAUAAAAUGUAUAAAGACAUUCAAUUUACACUCGUAAAUUGAAUGAUGAAAAAUUGGAGUUUUAUUACUCCACCCAAAAUUGUUUUUCGAUUGAAGAUUUAUCAUUGUUUCCCGCAUAUAGAUUUAAUAAUCCUAAUUACCUCUUUUUCUUGAUCCAUUUUGUAAUACUAAUUGAACGGAUAUAUUAACACGAUCGAAUUUCGUUUGCGCAGAUAUCAAAGACGGGAAAUAGCAGCAUGAACGGCUGUGGGGAACCUCGAGACAGCGGCCGGGACGCGGUCGUCAAUUACAAGACGAGAAAGCGGCCGGCGGACACGGUGUACACGAUAACGUUAAACGGUGGCAGCGGCGUCUUGGACCCACACGAAGGGUCAUGUACGUGUUGUCAGCCGCCCAACACCACGGAGUUUAUUGGUGGUCCACCACAACAACAACAACAACAAAGGCGCAGGCCGCGGACUUGGACGUGUGGUGGCAUCAACGGAAUCGGCGGCGGCUCGUCGAGCCUGACCAGGAGCAGGACAUUCACGAGCAAUUACGAACGGGCCAUAUCAUCGUUGCUGUGGCAACCCUACGAGUGCCGGUCAUCUAGCAAUUCACUCAAUGACGACGGCGACGUGGCCGUGUGGCUCAAUGCCACCGGCCUGUACGAACCGCUGUCUAGUCGGUCAUCACUCAGUCUAUCCACCAUACCCAGGUGA